AUGAUUAUUUUGCCUAAUCCUAAAGUGGAGGAAGAGACCUACACUGGACAGAAUGUUCGCUCGUUACUUAUAGCAAAAUCCGGAAAACCGCAUAAUAUCGGAGAGAAGUUAAUUUUGUCAGCCGUUGAAGAGGUUUUAAAAACUGUUUUACACAAACCUGCAUCUGAUAUAAUUAAAAGAAUUCCCUUAAGCAACAAUACUGUUGAAAGACGUAUUGAUGAAAUGAGUUCUGAUAUUGAAAGCUUCUUAUGUAAUUAUUUGCAAACGACCCAUUUCUCUAUACAACUGGACGAGUCAACUUUACCUGAUAAUGCAGCAUUAUUAUUGGCAUAUGUUCGUUUUAUUAUGAAUCAAGAAAUCUACGAAGAACUGCUCUUCGCAAGAACUUUGAUAACCGACAUUAAAGAUGAAUCAAUAUUUCAUGUUUUGAAGGAUUACUUCAUUGAAAAAGCAAUUCCUUUAUCCAAUAUAAUAUCAGUAGCUACAGAUGGAGCUCCUGUCAUGGGUGCCGACAAACUAGCUGGCCAAAUUUCAAGAGGAAUACCGAUUGAUGAUAUGCAGUUAUGUGCAAUGGCAGUUAGCACCAAUUUGAACUUCCUCGUAAAUGGAAGUGACCAUCAUGGUAGUGAUUCUUUAUUUGUAUGUAAGAGCUUCAUUACAUUAAAAAUAUAA